CAGCCACCAGGUUCUCCGCCCGCGCUCAGCCCACACCACACCAACCCCCGAGGCACGGCACGCUAGAAGGUGGAAGCCUACCCGAGCGCCCGGUCAUCUCCACCACCAAAGGCAGGCACCGGCCUGGUCGCUCGCCACUCCACUCUCCCCACCGGAAAAAAAGAGAGAGACGAAGGGUAGGGGACAGAGGCCACUGGUCACCCCACCGGCCACCACCCUCCGCUCAGCGGCUCAGGCCCCAGACAGCUACGGACAUGGGCCCGAUCAAUGGCCGCCGUCUCAAGCUUCUCGCCGCGGUGGCUCUCGCCGGCGCCGCCGUGGACUCCGUGACGGCGCAGCAGGGCAAAGGGCCAGACUACUUCAACCCCAAGAACUUCAACCCGUCCAUGGCCAUUGUCAUGGUCGUGCUCGUCACGGCCUUCUUCCUGCUCGGCUUCUUCUCCAUCUACCUCCGGCGAUGCGCGGGGCCCCCGCUUGGCGGGCCCGACGACGACGACGAGUACCCUGUGGGGCUGGGGCGCCGCCCGGGGGUUGGGUUCACCUACGCGUCGGCGUCGCGGUCCAGGAGGAUGCGCGGCCUCGACCGGGCCGUGCUGGACUCCUUCCCGACCAUGGCCUACGCCGACGUCAGGGCGCACAAGGCAGGCAAGGGCGCGCUCGAGUGCGCCGUCUGCCUCUGCGAGUUCGACGACGACGACACGCUCCGGCUCCUGCCCAGGUGCGCCCACGCGUUCCACACCGACUGCAUCGACGCCUGGCUCGCGUCGCACGUCACCUGCCCCGUCUGCCGCGCCGUCCUCGCCGCCCCCGACGCCGCCGACGCCCCCGCGGCUCCGGCCACGGAGCGUGACCAAGUCGUCCCGCCUGUCCCCGCAGCGCCGCCGGACCAGGCGGUGGUCGACGCCGACGCCGCUGCCGGGGAGACAGAGGACCAGAGGGUCAGGAGGGAGGAGGCCGCCGAGCUGAUGCGGAUUGGCAGCGUGAAGCGCGCCCUGGCGCUGCGAGGCAAGUCGGGCCGGCGCCCCGCGCAGUUCCCGCGCUCGCACACCACGGGCCACUCGCUCGCCGUCGCCGCGCCGUCGCACUCGCCUUCUUCCACCUUGGACUCGGAGCGCUACACGCUGAGGCUGCCCGACCACGUUCUCCGGGAAGCCAUCGCUGCGGGCAACCUUCGGCGGUCUGCGAGCGUCCAGACAGGUGGUGACGGGACGACGACGCGCCGCGGCUAUGGAAGGAGCGUCCGGCUCGGCAACUCCGGCCGGUGGUCCAAUAUGUCCCUCCUGGCGCGCACCUUCUCCGCGAGGCUGCCAGUGUGGGGCUCCGUGCGGCGCGGUGAGGCCGACGCUCCAGCCAAGGGUGCCAAGUUCGCCGGCGACGACGGCAAGGCCGUGGAGCAGUGCGACGGCGGAGCUUGCUCGCUUGGCGCCCAUGUUUGACGUGGCAUUUUAAGCUCACAGUACACAAUCCUAGUCCCAGUAAAAAAAAGUUAGGAGUCCUCUUUUAGGCGCUGCGCGGCGGCAAAUUAGAUAGAGUGGAUUUGUAUAUGGAGUAUAUUAAUUAUUAUUAUUAUUAUUAUAACUUCAACUUUCGGUUAAAAACAGAGUCUUCAUUCGUUUAGUUCCGUUAGUUAUUACAGGAAAAAAAAAUCGACUGUGGACUUGUGUGUAAGCAGCAGGAUAGGAAUUGGAGAUUAGAGAAACAGCAGGAUUUUUCUUCAUAAAAAAAAUCUGAUGAGAUGAACUGUGUGCUGCUCCUGCUGCGCUUGCCAAGAGCUAUCUUGUGAGAUAGCAGGUACUCCACAAAUUUUGUUAUCUUGAGAUGAACUGUAUAGUGAUCAUGGGUCAUGGCAUGGCUAGCUUCUUCAGAUCCAUCUCAGGAAACAUAUAUGACGGUAAAAUACCCAUCUUUCUAUAAACAUUUGCAUAUGAGUAACAUAUGCUUUCAACUGCAGAAAUGUAACAACCUUGUUCAAGGCACUGGAUCGGAUGACAGAUAUUCUAGAUGAAUGUUUAAAAGCUGGUAAACUUCAGGUGCAUCCACUUCAGACAACUGGAACCGAAGAGAGUGGCCACCAGGGGUUAAACCCAAGGAAGAAUCCAAGAGAGGAGGCCACUUCUAAUGAGCAGGAUCUUCACCUGAAAAGCCAACGAACCACUGGAGCUUUCGGCAUGCAGGCCUGGGCCUUGGAACAUUAGACUGCAUGUACCAUGGUGCCCUGCUUUUUCUCUGCAAUGGAAGAAGUAGAACAUCAUCUUCACUGAGUAUGCUUUGAUCCAUAAAAUCCUCUGUUGUGCCAAGUCCUUUUACAUGUUGCUAAAUACAAAGUUGGUGUCUAUUAAUGGUAAUUCUUGCGAGCA